AGAACAGUUAGAUGCAGGGCGGCUUGGUGAAAGGCGAUCGCCGACAUCUCCACCUCCGCAAGCUCCCCCGACAGCUCGAUAGCAACCACACAUCGCCGUCGCUGCCUCACCGCCUCGCAUCAACAUGGCGCCGCUUACCACUCAGUCCGACGAGAAGACGCAUCAGGCGCUGCUCGACAAGCUCGACAUCUACGCCGUACACAAGCCGUUCCGCAACCCUAGCUGGAAGCCACCGCAGCGCCGCAACAAGAACCUCAAGCAGGUGCUCGGCGAUGCAUCGCGCAGAGAAGCCUCGAUGAUGAACACACAAGCCAACAGCGGCGCGUCGACGCCAGCCGUCGCGUCUGAGGGCGGCUCGACACCAGCCGGCAUCGGUCGACCGCCGAACAUCGCGCAAGCAGCGCAGAGCCUCGACCGGCUGGUCCUCGAGAAGAAUGGCCGCGCAGCAGCAGCGAAUGCAACCGGGCCUGCGCCGACCUACACAAACAUCGAGUCCGCGCCGAGCUUCCAUCCAAGCGCGCAGAAGAAGUACUGCGACAUCACCGGACUGCCUGCACCCUACACCGACCCCAAGACGAGGUUGAGGUACCACAACAAAGAGAUGUUCGGAACUAUCAGGACAAUGCCGCAGAACGUGUACGAGGGGUACUUGGCUGCAAGAGGCGCACAUACAGUGCUCAAAUGAGCUCCUGCACUGCGUAGAUUCAUCAACCAACAGCGGCGCAUCAAGGUCUCACAAGCUGCGGCGCGCGGUACACUUUCGCGCAUAACACUGGACGCGAGGUGAAGCUUGCAAGAAGCAAGCAUCAGACGACCGUUGGCAGCAACCACGGGAAAGCAACAGCAUGCUAUGUAUGACCAUCAAAGUCAAGCACCUUCCACCCACGCAAGCUCCUUUCGAAGCAAGGCUCAAGAAGGCGCUCCGGCUUAAUCGUGAUCCUGUAUUGUUCUUCGCCCAUCAGACGGGAUACCAGGAGCUCGGGGGGAGGCAUCCCAGUUACAGCAGCACGGAAUGGCAUGCUGUUGUCAGGGCGGUUCUAAACUUUUCCUACAGGAUAGCAUCAUAGUACAAUCAGAAACACAUUGAUUUCUCCAAAGUCGGUACAAGAUCUUGGC